UCCUGGAAAUGUUAAACUCAGCCAGACACAGAUAGUUGAUCUGCAGGCAGACCCAACACCCACCCCUCCAAAUGUCGAAAAUAUCCCCAACAUUUCUCCAAAUCACACUCACUCUCCUCAUUUUCACCCUACCCUCCCAUGGAAACACACAAACCAUCACUGAUCCAGAGCAAGCAAUCCUACUGAAGCUGAAACAACACUGGUCCAAUCCACCCUCCAUCGAGCAUUGGAACUCAACCUCAAGCCACUGUACAUGGCCGGAGAUCACCUGCAUCAGUGGCUCAGUGACAGAACUCUCACUCAUUGACAAAAACAUCAGCGGAAUAAUCCCACCAUUCAUUUGUGACCUCCAAAACUUGACCCUUCUUGUUCUUCAAUAUAAUAACAUCCCCGGACCGUUCCCAACUGUCCUCUACAACUGUUCCAAGCUUCAAACACUCGACAUUUCUCAAAAUUACUUCGUCGGAUCAAUUCCCAGCGACAUCCACCGGUUGUCCUCUCAGCUCCGGGAGCUCAACAUCGCCUACAAUAACUUCACCGGUGACAUUCCCGCCUCAAUUGGGCGGUUUUCGGAGCUCAGGACUCUUAAUAUUGAACUAAACCUGUUCAACGGAACUUUCCCGCCAGAAAUUGGAAACUUGUGGAAUCUUGAAUUACUAUGGAUGGCAGUCAAUCCGUUUGCCCCAUCGAAGAUACCUUCGAAUUUUACCCAGUUGAGGAAACUCAAAAGUUUGUGGAUGUCGUCGGCGAAUUUGAUCGGAGAAAUCCCGGAAGCAAUCGGGAAUAUGACGGCCUUGGAGCUCUUGGAUGUGUCGACAAACCAGUUGACUGGUAACAUUCCUAAUGGCGUGUUUUUGUUGAAGAAUUUGACUACUCUGCAUCUUCACAAAAACAAAUUGUCCGGGGAAAUUCCAACAUCAGUUGAAGCUUUUAACUUGGAUGUGGUUGAUUUAUCAGAAAACAAGUUGACCGGGACAAUACCGGAUGAUUUUGGAAAACUGACCAAACUGACUGGUUUGGCUCUGUUUACCAACCAUCUUUCCGGCGAAGUCCCCCAAAGCAUUGGCCGGUUUGCGGGGCUGCAAGUUAUAAAGUUGUUCGGCAACAAUCUAUCAGGACAAUUGCCACCAGACCUGGGGCGAUACUCAAUGCUCAGAGAUUUUCAAGUGGGCAACAAUCAGUUUACAGGCCAAUUGCCGGAGUACAUAUGCGCCAACGGAGUGUUGGUAGGUUUAAUGGCAAUGUACAACAAUCUCACCGGUGAAUUGCCAAGUUCACUAGGGAAUUGUAUGAGUCUAUUAUAUAUUCGGGUUCAUGGUAAUCGACUUUCCGGCGAAAUUCCGGCUGGUUUAUGGGCAUCAUUGAAUUUGACACAAUUGAUAAUAAGGGACAAUCUCUUUACCGGUCAUCUUCCUGAUAAAUUGCCCAGGAACUUAACGCGAUUUGAGAUCAGUAACAACCAGCUUUCCGGUGAAAUUCCAGCUGGGAUUUCAUCAUUGAGGAAUUUGACGGUGUUCACAGCAAGCAACAAUCUCUUUACUGGCACAAUUCCACAAGAUUUAAAUCUUCCAUUCUUGACAACUCUUUCGCUUGAUAGGAAUCGGCUUUCAGGGCAUUUUCCUUCAGAAAUAGUCUCUUGGAAGUCACUGAAUACUUUAAAUCUCAGUAGAAACCAACUCUCUGGGAACAUUCCAGCUGAGAUUGGUUCUUUGCCUGUCCUUACUUCUUUGGACUUGUCGGACAACCAAUUCUCCGGUCAAAUUCCACCUGAAUUUGGAAAGUUGACGCUGAAUUCACUCAACCUUUCUUCCAAUAGUCUCACUGGGAGAAUCCCAGGUAAGUAUGAAAUUGCAUUUUUUGAUGCCAGUUUUUUAAACAAUCCUGGUCUUUGUUCAAGUAAGCCAUCAUUGGGCAUUGAAGUUUGCUCUUCAGGAGCAAGAAAAUCUGGCAGAAUUUCCACCCAGCUUUUUGCUACGUUGAUAAGUGUAGCAUCAGUUCUGUUCGUUUUAGCUAUUAUAUUCACGUUCUUCGUGAUCAAGGUUCAUCCAAAGAGAAAGCUUGGAUUGGAUUUGACCUGGAAACUCACUUCAUUUCAGAGGUUAAACUUCACUGUGUCGAGCAUUUUGUCGAGAUUGACUGAAAACUGCAUGAUAGGAAGUGGGGGAUCGGGGAAAGUGUAUCGCGUUCCAGUCAACAGCUCAGAAGACGAAUUUGUUGCUGUUAAGAGGAUUUGGAACAACAGAAAGUUGGACCAAAAACUGGAGAAGCAAUUCCUUGCAGAAGUUGAGAUACUAGGCACAAUUCGCCACUCCAACAUAGUGAAAUUGUUGUGUUGUAUGUCAAACGAGACCUCGAAACUUCUUGUUUACGAGUUUUUGGAAAAUGGUAGCUUGCAUGACUGGCUCCAUGGAAACAAUAGGCCUAGGCAGCCAAGUGUAUCGGGUUCAGUCCACCAUGUUGUCCUGGACUGGCCUAAGAGGUUCCAGAUUGCAGUCGGAGCAGCCCAGGGGCUAUGCUACAUGCACAAUGACUGCUCACCACCUAUUGUUCAUCGCGACUUGAAAUCAAGCAAUAUCUUGUUAGAUCCCGAAUUCAAUGCGAAAAUAGCAGAUUUUGGCUUAGCCAAGAUGUUGAUCAAGCAUGGAGAGCCUAACACAGUGUCAGCUGUGGCUGGCUCCAUUGGGUACAUUGCUCCGGAGUAUGCUCUUACAUCAAGAGUGAAUGAGAAGAUUGAUGUGUAUAGCUUUGGGGUAGUCCUAUUGGAACUAGCAACCGGAAAGAAAGCCAGUGAAGGAGAUGAAGAAAUGGGGCUAGCAGGAUGGGCAUGGCAUCAAUUGCAAGAAGGCAAGUCCAUAGAAGAUGCAUUGGAUGAGGAGAUCAAGGAACCUUGUUACUUGGAGGAGAUGUGUGGUGUGUUCAAACUUGGGAUCAAUUGUACCUUCACACUGCCUUCCACCAGACCUACCAUGAAGGAGGUUUUGCAAAUACUGUUACGGUACAAACGCGGGAUGGCAUUUCAAGAGAAUAAUGGUGGAGGUGAGUAUGAUGCCGCUCCCCUGCUCAAGAAUUCUAAGCGAGAGAGAAGGUUAGAAACUGACGAUGAUGAUUUGGCGUCCAAUGUUUGAUGCUCUGGUGGAAUGGGAUCGAAUCAUCUCUGGUAACGAUUUUAUGUUGUUUUGUGUAGUUCAUCACCUUUUAAGUUGUACUAUUAUAAUUAUGAAAUUUCACAAAAGCAAACACAAAUUGGUGAAAUUUCACUAUUAUAGUGGAAAAAGUGUUUAGAAAUCACUAUUAUAAUUAUGAAAUUUCACAAAAAAGCGAAUGCAAAUUGGUGAAAUUUCACUACUAUAAUAUUGAAUGUGGUGAACUUUACCAACCAAGCGGAACAACAAAAAAAAAUCAUUAACAGAGAAGAUUUUGAUUGUGUGAAAUACAUCAUAAGAUUGUAGAGAAUUCAUGUCAUUCUGCUGGCAAGACAUCACACCAUUUGGGGAUGCAUUGAAGACUCUCUUUAAAGACUCUCUCUAUACCCAGUGAGCUUGAGAUCCUCUCCCUUAUUAUUCUCUCUCUUUUACUCAGUGUCACCAACCAAGCGGAACAACAAAAAAAAUCAUUAACAGAGAAGAUUUUGAUUGUGUGAAAUACUUCAUAAGAUUGUAGAGAAUUCAUGUCAUUCUGCUGGCAAGACAUCACACCAUUUGGGGAUGCAUUGAAGACUCUCUCUAUACCUAGUGAGCUUGAGAUCCUCUCCCUUAUUAUUCUCUCUCUUUUACUCAGUGUUGUUCAAUCUGAUAGUUCAUAACACUCCACAUAAGUUGAUUAACAUUUGCUUUAAUUUCUCAAAACAAAGCAAUAUUUUUUAACAAAACAUCGUCUAAUGUGGAAAUGUUCUAAACUAUCAAGCGAACAUCACAAAGUAGAAAAGAGAUGUAGGGGGGAUCAUAUUGUCCAAAUAAAUGAUAAUAGUUAGACUAUAAUAAAUAAAAAAAUAUCAUAAAAUGCAAGAGAGUGUUAAAUUGUCAUGUAAUAGGCUAUUUAUGAGAAUUAAUUUUCCGAAGCUUCCAUGAUUCUACCAUUGCCUUUCCUUGUGUAUACGUGUGUGUUUAU